GACAGUUCAGUCAGUUGUGGCUCGGUCGAUGUACUUUGUAAACGGGGAGAUGCUGCUGCGGUGUCGGUCGUGUUUUUACGUCAUCGAUUAUGAUUGAUGAUGACCUAUUGUCGUUACGCAAAGGUCAUAAAUAUUUAUUGGUUUCAUCGUGUGUUAAGCCCAAGUUAUGAUUACAUUCGAUAGUAAAUUAGAGUGAAGUGCGGUUUUCGACAAACAGAAAAAAAAACAGUGGCGAUGACGACGACCUGUUUCGGGCCGCCGCCUCUGCCGCCCAACCGGAAGUCCGCCCUGAGACAUCGGAAGCAAAGUCAGGGCUUGCUGUCGUCGACCUAUCACAGUUUUCGCGACCCGGCCGAGGAGAGCGAGAUCGUCACGUUGACGUCUGAAGAUUACGAUUUCGAGAAGGCAAAUAAGCCGAAUGGAAAUAUCCCAAAUAAAGCAAAUAAAAGGCUUACUCACACCAAUUCCUUAAGUAGACGUAAGAGGGUCCCUAAAGCACCUUUAGUACGCAGUCAGUCGGAUGGAAAUCUCGAUAAGAAGGGCGUCUUUGCUCCUAUGACCAUCAAUAAGUACAUCAAAGUUCUAAGUGGAAGCUGGAAAAAUUUAUUGAACUUAGGUGGCAUGUCCCGGCCCCCCAAGCCGGCGGCCACCGCCAAAAAAGUCGCACCGCCUGCUGUACCGCACGAGUUUCGCCACUCGGGUAGCUCGUUUGGAUCUGCAGGAUAUUCGUCGUCCGAAGAUGCCGUCUUCCUCGCUCCUCCCGAUACACCAGGUAAUCCCAGAGAUGAUCACUCAGAUUACGGCAGUACUGUUAGCAGCAGUACGGGAAAAUCACCUGGUCCCAUCUACCCACCCCCCACAUUCACCUUCCCCGGCCAACCACCUUCCGGUGGCGUUCUUACACACAAGGCGGCAGUCUACUACCAUCACCAGCUUAGUCUACAGGAAGACCAAGGCAUCGAUAUGACCCAAUCACCCGGUCGUGACAGCCCCGGAUCCUCGAGUGGAAGCGCAGGCUCAGGCUCACGACAUAGCACGGCAUCUUUAGACAGCGGCCGAGCCUCCUAUCAUCCGCUUAGUAACGCAGGACGAAGCACGAUUGGCUCCUCAAACAGUCCGAGAUGUUCCCUCAGCUCGUGUUCCAUCGGUUCAGAUCAGGGCAGAGUAGAAAGGAUGAUUCAUCAAGGCGUACCGGAUCAAGAAAUUAUACACGCGUGGCUCGUUGAUCUUCAAUUUGAAGAAUAUUUCACCUUAUUUUUAUCGGCCGGCUACGACUUGCCAACCAUUGGGAGAAUGACGCCAGAAGACUUGACGGCAAUUGGAAUAACAAAACCACACCAUCGGAAGAGGUUAAAAGCGGAAAUAGCGCAGCUAAACUUACCGGAUAACUUACCCGAUUACAUACCGGGUUCGUUAGAGGAGUGGCUGCGACUUCUGCGGCUGGAGGAGUAUCUACCGGCUCUACUAGCGCAAGGUUACAAUACUGUAGAUGAUGUAACGCAGUUAACGUGGGAGGAUUUAGAGGAUAUUGGGAUUGUAAAGCUGGGUCAUCAAAAGAAAAUUAUGUUAGCAAUAAAGAGAGUGAAGGAUAUCAGAGCGGGGAAACGCUUCAACAGUAUAGAUUACAAUAGAAUUCACAUGCAGCAGGACGUGAUGGUGCACGCACCCCUGGGCCCGCCCUCGCCUGGCGUUCCCGCUGUUCACACCACGUUCCGAUCCUUCCAUCAGCCCUGGGAGCUCGACCAGACACGCCAACUCGCCGCCGGUUCACACUACGUGCAGCCCAUGUUUUGCACUGAUAUUGUUCCUAUAAAGAUUAGAACUGGAAGGGGAAAAUCACUGGAAUCCCUAGAAGAUCCCAACGAGCGUACGCAUCACACGUUCAGUGCAGAUAACACUCAAAUAUUUUAUUAUCAGCAGUCGGUGGGAUGGAGACCGAGAUCGUACGACGACGGCGAUAUUACGCCGACGAACGAUUCUGGUCUGCUGUACGAAGGCGGUGGCACUCUUCCAAGGCCCAGAGGCGUAAUUCGACCUCGGCCCAUCGCAAAAAUCACCGCGAAAGCGCGCGAAACAUUCCCAGACUUUGAAAAACCUCAGUUCAAUCCGGAAAAAUACAUGCCGCCACAGUACAAAACGCUACCGCGUGACUUAAUAGACACAAGUAAAUACCACAUACAGUACGGUACGCCCAUAAUGGGCAAAAAGCUUCCGCCGAGCCCGCCCAAACGUCAAAUCGACUCGAGCGACAGCUCGGAACAGACGACGACCGUCGAAAUCCAUCACGUUCAAACGUCUAGCCCUCUUCCGCUUCCCGCCUACCCCAGCUCAGAUAGUUUGAGUAUAUCGUUAGAUAGUCAAGGAGAACUUCCGUUACCGCCGCCGCCCGCGCCCGGUACGCCGCCCGGUGCUUGCAUAUCCAAACUAAAUUCGUCUAGAUCGUGGAGUUCGGAGGAACAGGAACUAAUCAACACGUUGGCGUUGCAACAUCGAAAUGGUUCGGAUGCUAGUUUUAAGUCAAGUUCAAGCACGGAAUCAGACUCGUUGCCUUUCGCCAAUGAAAACGCGGGUACAAUAAAGACGAGGACGGGCGGACGACCGGGCGACUACUCGCCCGCGAAACCCAGGGUCGGCCUGCCACCGCAGUCUUCGCCGGCGCCGAGUAGGCAAGUCAAAGCGCAGCGAUCGGAACCGGCGGAUGUGCUUAACGAUAUCGGUAAUAUGCUUGCGAAUUUAACAGACGAAUUAGACGCGAUGUUAGAAGAAGAAAAAAGACUCGAGCAACAGUAACUGCGGUGUUUAAAGACUGAUAUCGGUAGUAGUUCGUAUACUUAUAUCGUUUUCGUCAAAUUUAUGUUUUAGUUAAUAUGUUUGUAUUUUUUAUACAAACCUUGUUCAUAAAUAUUUUAUAAUAGUUCUAGUUAGCUUUACUAGUGUAAAAUUAGAAAAAAAACAUCGUUUUAUAUUAAAGUUUAUUGUGGGAUUUAUUCAUUUGUUAUAUAUUUGCGAUUUUUUAUACAAGGAUAAUCAAAAGUUUUAUUUUAUUUUGCGACAAUAUUGUCAGCGGAAUACACAACAAAUUGCAUAUAAUAACAAGCUAUACCGUCUCAACUAGCGAAAUAUUCCUAUUAGAUAGAAAUUUUCUACGUUUGUGUAUGGUGCCCAUUUAAAGGUAAAUAAAUAGAGCAUUUCUUUGGAGGGAACAGAAAUUCAUUAGCAUCUUCAUUUACAUAA